AUGUUCCUCCUCCUCUAUGGAGUAAUAUUCGUAGCGCUUCUGGGCCAAGUUGACAGUGGAUUCACAGCUGGAGUUGAUGAUCCUCGAUCGCUAGUCAGUCAACGAGUAUCAUGGACACCGAUCGAGAGCUAUGAAGAUGAAUAUCAGCGACAUAUGAGGGCGGAACAAUGUGCUGCCGCUAAACCGUGCAAAGAUGGGCUUAUAUUGUCUGUUUGGAAGCCUGUGGUAAGGGUUUUAUUUUGUUGUCGAAGAUUAUGGGUAAGAGGAGGUUAAAUACGGUUUUUCAAGAGGUUUGCUUUAUUUUUCGCUGGUUUGAAUAGCAAAAACUACCUAAAAUAAUGACAAAAAUCAAUUUUUUGAAAAUUUUUUCAAAUUUCAGGAAGGAAUAACAUGGUACACACGUUUCUUCCGAGCCUCUAUCUACUUUAUCGUGUUGGUAUACAUGUUUAUGGGCGUUUCAAUUGUGGCCGAUCGAUUUAUGGCCGCGAUUGAAGUGAUCACAUCUCAAGAACGUGAAGUUGUUAUCAAAAAGUACAAUGGUGAAAAGACGACAGUACUUGUUCGAGUAUGGAACGAGACGGUGUCUAACUUAACAUUAAUGGCACUUGGUUCAUCUGCUCCUGAAAUCCUGUUAUCAGUGAUUGAAAUCAUUGGAAACAAGUUUGAGGCUGGUGAUUUGGGUCCUGGAACGAUUGUUGGAUCAGCCGCUUUUAAUUUGUUUAUGAUUAUUGCUGUUUGUAUUAUCAGUGUGCCCUCAGGACAAGUGAGGAAGAUCGAGAGGAACGAUGUGUUUUAUGUUACAGUAGUAUGGAGCACGUUUGCGUACAUUUGGUUGUACUUGAUCUUGGCUUUCUUCUCACCUAAUGUGGUGGAGGUAAGGAUUGAAACUUUUGGUUUACUUUGCUUUGUCUUAUAGAGUUAAUAAGACAGAGAAACUUCCUUAGCCUUGGUUAUAUCUAACUCUAGUCGACCUGUUGCUCUAACUUGGUCUUUUAUUCAUCUACCUUUAAUUAAAUACCAAUCAAUGUUAAUAUAAUUAGUAUAAUCUAUCUUUAGGUAUGGGAAGGAGUUCUUACCUUUAUUUUCUUCUUCUUAACAGUAAUCAGUGCCUACGUCGCCAAUCGAUAUGCUCCUUCGUUGGGCCAAAGAAUUAUUGGCAAAACUCCGAUCAGCUUUAGAAAUCACUAUCAUUUGAGCAAUGGACCAAAGGAAAAUGCUCCUAAAAUUGGAGGAAUUGCUCAGAGCAACGAUUUGGAAGCUGCGUGAGUUAUCAAUAUUAAUAUAACAUCUGGCUUCUGUAUUGGCGAUGUAUUUUACAAUUAAAUUGUUUUUGGUUUCUUGAUUAUAACUUUUUUCAAAAUUUUGGUAAAAUUUUGAAAUUAAUUUGUGGGAUUGUAGCUCAUUUACUCUUCCACUUAUCUUAGGAAAGAACAUUUAAAAAUUUUAAAAAUUUUUGAAGUUACGGUAUUUUUAUUCUUAAAAUCUGAUUUUUUUAAAAGUAGGGUCAACUAAAAUUAUUGUAACUUUUUAAAUUUUAGCAAUUUCGAAAAUUUCUUUUUCAUGACUGAUUAUAAAUUGAAUAGGCUACAUUCAAGCAAAUUUUCAAGUUUAUACCUAAUCUUUGACAAAAGUUGUGAUGAGAAAACUUGAAAUGUUUUGCGAUGUUUGUGGUUUUUUGGGCAAAAUGAAUGAUUUUUAAGGUUUUUUGUGUAAAAUACGAGAAUUUUAGAUGUCUCAAUUAUUUUUCUUUUUUUUCGUGGUAUUUUUGAAGCUAGGAUUACUUAUUUUACGACAUUUUUUAAUACAUUUUUGCUUAUAUUUUAAAAUUUUUGAUCAAAAACACUAAAUUUCAGUGAACAACUAAUGCAAGACACCCCAAACCCAGGUGUUGAUGCCUUCCUAGAACAUCGUAAACGAUUCUACGACAUUUUCACAGCAAUUCGCACCAAACAUCCGGACAUGCCAUUGAAUGAGGUGGCUAGACUGACAGCAAUCAAGACUGUUAAGAAGGAGCCGAAAAGUCGCGCGUUCCGCCGAAUCCAGGCGUCUCGUGGCCUCAGCGGUGGCAAAGUCAAGAAACCGGUUGUUGAUAUUAUACCUAGCAUGACGACGUACACCUUGGUUGAUCCGAGCAGCGAUGCUGGUGAGAGUUUGGUUGAGAAUAACAACUCGGAAGUUAGCGUGUUGUAAGUUUUUUUUGGUUUUUAGGUAAUAAAUGUGGGGAAAAAAUUUUAGGUAACAAAAUUUUAAACAAUGUAUUUUUAGGUAACAAAUUUUCAGAAAAUAGUAUUUUAGAUAAAAAAAUUUUAAAAAAUUGUAUUUUUAGGUAACAAGUUUCAAAUUUUUAGAAUUUUAGGUAACAAAAAUUUUAAAAUGUUCUUUUUUUUACAAAAAGUUCUAUAAUCUAAGAACUUUUGGACCGAUCUUCAAAAAUAUGACCAAAAAUUUGAAAUUUUGAUUUUUAGGUAAUAAAACUUAAAAAAAAAUUUUUUUAUGCAACAAAGCCCUAUUUUUAGUAUUUUAGGUAACAAAUGUUCAAAAAUUAAAAAAAUAUUUAACACUUAACUUUUUUAGGUAACAAAAAGUAAAAAAUGAUUUUUUUUUCAGUUUGCAACCCUGCCACGUGAUUUGUGUAGAAGAUAUUGGUCAUGUUAAAGUGACAGCUCAUGUAAAUCGAGGCAACAUUCAACAACCAUGUGUUGUCAAGGUACAAUAUAGGACGAUUGAAGGCUCGGCCAAAAAUAACGAAGAUUUUGUGCCUAAAACUGGUGAAUUGGUCUUCGAACCUUUUGAAACAAAGUGAGUAUUUUAUGAAAUUAGGUAACAAAUCUUAACUUUAAAGGUAGGGUAAGGUAAUACAGGGUUUUAAACAACAUAAACAAAGGUGGGGUAGGGUAGAAUAUGAUUUGGUAGGAUAAGGUCGGUUAUUGUAUGAUAAGGUACAGUGGGAUGAUGUAAGGUAAAAUACGCGCUAACAAGUUGUGUUAUGUUGUAUUACAAUAACAAUACUACUAUUAAUUUCAGAAAAGACAUAUCAAUUGAGAUAGUAGAUCGUGACGACUACGAAAACGAUGAAGAAUUCUAUGUUCAACUUCACACUCCCGUAGCACAUCACAAAGACGACCAUAAUAUCACGUACAAAGCUGCAGUGGGCGCUGCAUUCGAAGCUACAGUAAUCAUCGUUGACGACGAUCAUGGAGGUUGUUUCACCUUUAAAUCUGAAGUUCUGAAGCUGAAGGAGAGUGUGGGCUACGCUUAUUUGACUGUGAAUCGAGGUCGUGGAGCUAGAGGCAAAGUGACAUUGCCUUUUAAGGUUACAGAUGGCAGUGCAAAGAGGGGGAAGGAUUAUGAUUGUAGAGAUGACGAACUCGUUUUUGAGGACAAACAGACUAGGUAAGGGAGGGGAAAAGGUUUUUAGGCUUAAAAAGACCAUUUUUAAUUCUUUUUUUAAUUUAGAAAAAAAAAUUUUGAAAAAUUUUUUGAAUUUCAGUGCCGACAUUCGAAUUCAAAUCUUCAAUGACGAUGAAUAUGAGAAGAACGAAGACUUUUAUAUUCAACUUGGCGCUCCAGUCUGGCACAAAGAGAAUACGGCAGCUGAAGGAGAGCCAGAUGGAAGCCCCAUCCUUGGCGAACAUACUAGAUGCAAAGUGGCCAUUAUUGAAGAUGAUCAGCUGAAGGUAAGGGUUUUUCAAUUUUUUAGCCCGGAAUUGUCUAAUUUGGUACAUAAAUGAAGGUUCUAUUAAUUUGUUGACCGGUUUGCUUCAAAAUUUAAUUUUUAAAAUUAUUUUAAAGUUUUUAUUGACAUUCUAUGAACUUUUUGACCGAUUAUUGAAAAUUAUGUUUAGAGCAUUGUUGACAAAGCCAUCAAACACACAACAUCAUCAUUGAUGAUCGGCACUUCCUCGUGGAAGCAACAAUUCAAAGAAGCUUUUGAACUGAAUGUGAAUGAUGAAGACGAUGAGGAUGAUGAUGAUGAAAAGAAACUUAUUACUAAAGGUAAGGAAAUCCUUUAGUCAGAUUAAAAAUGACAUUGUAAGCGAGUGUUUAUUUGGAAACAGUAAAAAAUUUAAAAAAUAUACAAAUUUUUAGAAAAGGUAGGAGUGGGUGGAAUUUUAAAAUUUUUGGUUUUGGGUUAUUUGAGAUAUAGAAUAGUCUACAUUGUCACAAAUUUUUAUACAGGUACCUGUCGAGCGAAAAAAGUAACAUUAAAAGUUGUGUAAUUAACCAUGUUGAUCAUGAUGAUCUAUUUUUUAUUUUUAAUGUAAGUUUUUGCUGAAGGCAGUUAUCUGCCUUAUAUUUUGAGUGAUUGUAGACUAUUCUUAUUGUCAGCUAACUCGAAAAUGAAAAUUUUAAAAUUCUCAGAAUGUUUGAAGUUACAGUAAUUUUACCAAACCCUACUUUUUGAUGAUUUUUAUUUAAAAAAUGGGAAAAUUAUUGACUUUCUUAUAUAUUUGUGUGGUUUUUUAUAUUUAUAUACUUAUAUUUAUUAUGUACUUACUACAUUACAGCCGAAAAAGUGCCUUCGACCUUCCAAUUAGUACUACAUUAUCUUAACUUACCGUGGAAAUUGUUGUUUGCCAUAAUUCCUCCGACAGAUUACCUCAAUGGCUGGUUAUGUUUUGUAGUAUCAAUCGUGUUUAUUGGAUUAUUGACCGCUGUUAUCGGUGAUGUUGCUUCAAUGUUUGGAUGUACGAUAGGCUUGAAGGAUGUGGUAACGGCUAUUACUUUGGUCGCUGUUGGUACUAGUGUUCCAGGUGAGUUAUGGCGGGUUGAACAUGGUUAUACCGGGUUUAAAAAAGGGUUAUAUUAGGCUAGAAAAGGCCCUUAUUGAGCUUAACAAUGGCGAUAUUAGGCUUAACAAAAGACAUAUAAAGCUUAAAAAUGGUGAUAUUCGGCCGAAAAAGGGUAAAAUUUGACUUAAAAAUGGCUAUAUUAGACCUAAAAUUCUUGCCAAUUGCAUUUUGUUACCUAAAAAUCUUUCCAGAUCUAUUCGCCUCAAAACUGGCCACUCAACAAGACCCAACUGCCGACGCGGCUGUAGGCAAUGUCACCGGCUCCAACGCCGUUAACGUAUUCUUAGGUAUAGGAAUAGCCUGGGCCAUGGCCGCCAUAUAUCACUCAUACAAUGGCACAGUGUUCCGAGUAGAAGCCGGUUCACUUGGCACUUCAGUGCUACUAUUCUUGGUUGGUUCCGUGGUCUGUAUUGGUGCUUUGGCAUUCAGAAGGCAGAAGAAGAACAUCCAAGCCGAGUUAGGCGGUCCAGAUGGACUAAAAUACGCGACAGCUGCCUUAUUUGCAAUAAUAUGGAUUCUUUAUGUGACGGUUAAUUCGUUAAGCGCAUAUUGUUUCUUACCUUUUUAG